AUGACGCCGUUAGGGCGCGGCUACCUUGGAUCUCGCAUCCUCCCCUGCCCGAAGCAUCCGUUUCAUGGCUCGCCCAGCAGUUCCGGCUUCCCCAUGGCGGUCAAGAGCGGCAGGAGGCUGUUCUUGAGGCCAAAACGCAUGGGGCGGAUCCCAAGGGAGGGGCUUGGGUCAAAGGGCGCCUGGGGCCGGGGUUUGGUGACUCUGGCCUUCACCCGGCGGGGUGGCGCCACAGAAGCUGGGGAGCAGGCCGAGAUGCCCGAAAGGAUUGCGGCGCAAUUUCGUGCUGUGCAGCAUCCCGCUCUGAACAACAAGACCUACACGCGCGCGGUGAACGACUUUGCGGAAUCGGCGAUCUUGGCGUACGAGUGUGGAUACACCGAGGAGGGGCUUGCCAGGGCGAUUGGAGGGCUGGGGGUCGGGCUGGUGGGGGGUGGUGUGGAUGGCGAGGUGCAGGGCUGCAUGGAGUUCCUGGCGAUCGUUUGGAUAACGCUGAUGCUGAGCCACAGGUCGGUGGUUCGCUGGGGCACGGGCAAGGCGGUGAGCGACGAGAGCCUGGGGGCGUGGAAGGGGUUCGUGUCGAUGAUCGUGAGCGCGUACUUUGACAAGCGCUGGGCAUGGUACCCCAUAGACCGGCUGCAGAUGGAGAUGGAGGUGAUGACGGGCCGGUCUGAGAGGCCGGCGCUGGUGGCGGAGCGGGCCAGGAUCGUGUACGCCACGCUGGAGAGGGUGGCCCCCCAGUUCCCGUCGGUGUGA